GCGCGGGGGGCGGGAACGCGGAAGGGGCUGGGGCUGCGGCGCGAGGGCCAGCGCCGGGCCGGCCGAGGGAGUGCGGGGUGCGUGGGUGACAGGUGCUGCGGGACGCUGCCGGGGUCCAGGGCGGCGGCAGCGGCGGCGGCCGCGCGAGGCCUGAGGGAAGGAGGCCGGCUGCGGCGAUGCUGGAGACCCUGCGGGAGCGGCUGCUGAGCGUGCAGCAGGAUUUCACCUCCGGGCUGAAGACUUUAAGUGACAAGUCAAGAGAAGCAAAAGUAAAAAGCAAACCCAGGACUGUUUCAUAUUUGCCGAAGUACUCUGCUGGACUGGAAUUACUUAGUAGGUAUGAGGAUACGUGGGCUGCACUUCACAGAAGAGCCAAGGAAUGUGCAAGUGCUGGAGAGCUGGUGGAUAGUGAGGUGGUCAUGCUUUCAGCACACUGGGAGAAGAAAAGGACGAGCCUCAUAGAGUUGCAGGAGCAGCUCCAGCAGCUCCCAGCUUUAAUGGCAGAUUUAGAAUCCAUGACAGCAAGUCUGACUCAUUUAGAGGCUAGUUUUGAGGAAGUAGAAAACCACCUGCUGCGUCUGGAAGAUCUAUGUGGGCAGUGUGAAUUAGAAAGAUACAAACACAUGCAGUCCCAGCAACUGGAGAAUUACAAGAAAAAUAAGAGGAAGGAACUUGAAACGUUCAAAGCUGAACUGGACGCAGAGCACACCCAGAAGGUCCUGGAAAUGGAGCACACCCAGCAAAUGAAGCUGAAGGAGCGGCAGAAGUUUUUUGAGGAAGCCUUCCAGCAGGACGUGGAACAGUAUCUUUCCACGGGGUACCUGCAGAUCGCGGAGAGGCGAGAGCCCAUAGGCAGCAUGUCAUCCAUGGAGGUGAACGUGGACAUGCUGGAGCAGAUGGACCUGAUGGACAUAUCCGACCAGGAGGCCCUGGACGUCUUCUUGAAUUCAGGCGGAGAAGAUAACGCGGUGCCGUCCCCCGUCUUAGGGCCUGAAUCCAGUACUUGUCAGAAUGAAAUUACGCUUCAGGUUCCAAAUCCCUCAGAAUUACGAGCCAAGCCACCUUCCUCAUCCUCUCCAUGCACUGAUUCAGCCACCCAGGACCCCAGUGAAGGUGGGGAGUCCCCCCUUGUUCAGUCUGAUGAGGAGGAGGUCCAGGUGGACACUGCCCUGGCCACUUUACACACUGACAGAAAGGCCACUCCAGAUGUGAGUGAUGACAGCGACUCCUCUUAACUAGGACGUUCAUGUUCUCCGACCACAUUCACAUCAGGUCUCAGCUGUGCACAGAAUUCCACCUUGUAAAAAGUCAGGUUGUUUUAUGGAGGUUCUUGAUUUUUUUAUACAAUUGCCAAUAAUGUGUGAGAGGCUGACUGAAGAGCUAACAAUAAAGUUUUGAGGAC